UUGAAGCCUGAGACACAGACCAAGUCUGGGAGUACUCUGGAUCUCUUUCGGAAGAAGCACCUGCGGAAGGUGACCUUAGUCAUGUCGUGCAACUGGUUUGUGAACAGCCUUGUCUACUAUGGACUGAGUCUGAACGUGACAAAUUUUGGUCUGGACAUCUACCUGACACAACUUGCAUUCGGAGCAGUGGAAAUCCCAGCCCGUGUUGGUUGUAUCUUCAUGCUGCAGUGGUUUGGAAGGAAGAAAAGCCAGGCUCUUUUCCUGCUGCUGAGCGGCCUGGUGUGUCUGAUCAUCAUUGGCAUCCCUGAAGACCAGCCUGUGGUGACCACCGUCCUGGCCAUCAUCGGCAAGUUUACGGCCUCAGCCUCCUUCUCCACCUCCUACGUUUACUCCGCAGAGCUCUUCCCCACGGUCGUCAGGCAGACCGGCGUGGGGCUGUGCUCGAUGUCAGCGCGGGUGGCGGGGAUCUUGGCCCCAUUGAUCCGCCUCCUGGACCAGUACCACCGGGCUGUCCCCAUGGCCAUCUUCGGGAGUGCCCCAGUGGUGGGGGGGCUGCUCUGUGUCCUGCUGCCUGAGACCCACAGCACUGACCUGGCAGAUGACACAGGGGGCCGCAGCCCCCCAGCUGAGGUCUGUGAAAAUGCCAAUAGCAGCUCUGAGAAUGGACACGUGAAAGGAAAAGAUGGUGGCCAAGACAAGGAGUGCACGAAGACCACUUACUUCUAG